AUUUGAAUUGUUUGUGUUGUAGGGUUUACGAAUAAUCACGAUGCCUCUGUUUAAGAGAAAAGGGAAAGUUCCUGUACGUAAUGUUGAGGCAGGUGCUACCACAAUUAAUGUGAAAAGUCUUGAUAACACUGAUGUGGAAAGCGGUAUCAUUAAACUAAAUUUAGGCGACAACAAACUGGUGUUUGAAGACGGAGUUUGGACUUCGGAAAAUAGUGUCGAAGGAGGCCGUGGUACUGUAAGUAAUGUGAAAAAACUCAAGGAACAGAACUUGCAGCUUAAAGAGGAGAACAAUUUACUACAUUAUAAAAUUGAAAUCCUACUAGAUAUGCUUGCAGCCAAUAAAGCUGACCUUAUUGUGAAAGAUGAAGAAAUUGAAAUGUUAACAAAGAAGAAAGUGACAAGAGUUCAUUAGAUUUCUAACAUUAUGAAAUACAAAGUUACGUGCUGAACAUCAUUAUGAAGUUUGCCAACGUUAGCACUGUCAUAAAUAGCAAUUUAAUACAUGGUAAAUAUGUAGAUGACUUUUAAAUAUCAAGAAUUUUGUUUCAGUUUAAUUUUGGCAGAAUAGCUAUUCAAUUUCAAGUACCUUUGGACAUGUGUAUACUAACAUUUAAAUCAACUUUACAACAUCUCUGUAAAAAAACAUUAUAAAGGACUAGUUUUAUAAAAUAUAAAUUAAAUGAAUUUUAUCUUAAGGUA